AUGGCUGAAAAUCUAUCAUUUGUUCUUCGGGCGGUCAAAGAUGUAGCUUUCGAGGAUAGGCCGAAACCCAAGCUGAGGGACCAGCAUGAUGUUAUCGUGCAUGUCUCCCAGACAGGCAUCUGUGGUAGCGAUGUCCAUUACUGGCAACGGGGGCGCAUUGGCAACUACGUACUCACAGGCCCCAUGGUGCUUGGACAUGAGUCCUCUGGCGUAGUUGCUGAAGUAGGCUCUCUCGUCAAGCACCUCAAGGUUGGUGACCGAGUCGCGAUGGAACCCGGUGUGCCUUGUCGGCGAUGCAGCCACUGCAAAGGGGGCCGCUACCAUAACUGCGGAGAGAUGAUUUUUGCUGCCACGCCACCUUGGGACGGCACACUGGCGAAAUACUAUGUCAACGCCUCGGACUUUUGCUACAAGGUCCCUGAUUCCAUGAACAUGGAGGAAUCCGCCAUGGUUGAGCCUGUCGCCGUUGCUUGCGCGAUCAACAAGACAGCUGAUGUUCGAGCUCACCAAACAGUCAUUGUUAUGGGGUGUGGUCCCAUCGGAAUUCUCACUCAAGCUGUCGCGAAGCAGUCUGGUGCCAGGAGGGUCAUAGGCGUCGAUAUUGUGCAGUCACGUUUGGAUCUGGCAGCGCACUACGGCGCCGAUGAAACAUUCAUGCCUCCCCGCCCUGUACCUGGUGUUGAGCCCAUCGUGCACGCGGAAAAGGUCGCCGGCUUGAUCAAAGAGAAAUUCAAUCUCGGUGACGGGGCUGAUGUUGUCUUGGAAUGCUCUGGUGCUGAGGCGUGCAUCCAGAUGGGCAUCUUCGCCACAAAACCCGGCGGUACAUUCACACAGGCCGGGAUGGGGAAAGAAAACGUACUCUUCCCCAUCACGUACGUUUGCACUCAGGCCUUGGUGAUCAAAGGUUCCAUCAGAUACCUCAAUGGAUGUUACCCAGCUGCUAUUGACUUGAUAUCGAGUGGAAAGAUUGAUGUCAAGAGAUUGAUCACAAACCGGUACAAAUUCGAACAAGCUGAAGAGGCAUUCGAGUUGGUUAGGCAGGGUCGGCAGGAUGUUUUUAAGGUCAUGAUCGAGGGUGUUCAAUAG